CAAAAUUUAACUAAAAUACGAACCAAUACAAUGUCUUUGAAACAAAAGGGUGUUCUCAGUCAAGUAACCCAAAUUUUUGUGGUCGGAUAUACCCUGCGAUCUUAUACCGUGUACGAAGGGGAAGGCCCCAACAGAUUUUCGCGCCGCACUUGCUUCGGUCACGAGCUAUCGCGCUGGAUCAGCCAGGCCGUCAUCAAUCGGUCUGAGCGUAUGCUAGCCCGUACUCCGUCUCGGCGGACCAUGAACAGGAUGAUGCCAGAUCGGCUGAUGGACUAUGAUGUGAACUCCCAGAAGCGUAACCCUGCCCUCGAGCUGAAGGUGAAAGGGAAUAGAUCUAUGCCCCUGACCCCCGAAUAAAUGCUGAAAAAGCGCA